AGGGGUUUUUAUCAUUUCAGCUAUUAUUAUUAUCACCAUCUCCAUUUUCAUCCAUUCCUCUCUUCUCAAACUCUGUUUUCUAAAUUUCUUCCUAAUUAUGACUCCAAUAGCAGUAUUGAGACACGCUCCCCUCGUGCGUGUUGUACAGUUUCGCGCGCUAACAAUUGCCUGCAGCGGCGGCGGCGCAGCCACCGCCUCUACAGUUGCCGUACCUCCUCCGGCCAAAAAGAAUAAACAAGACCCAUGCGUGCUAGUGGGCAUGUCAGAGCCAGAAUUCCAACAACUCGCCCUUGAUUUUGGUCAGCAAAAGUACAGAGGCAAGCAAUUGCAUAAUCUGGUGUACAAGAUGAAGGCUAAAGAAAUUCAGGAUCUUAUUCACGUGCCACAGGCUUUCAGGACUGAAUUGAUGGAAGCAGGGUGGAAUGUGGGUCGGUCGCCUAUUUACAAAUCGGUCACCGCCGCUGAUGGUACAGUCAAGUUGCUACUAAAGCUGGAUGAUGACAGGCUGGUGGAAACUGUCGGCAUACCUGUUGACAAUAUCAAAGGCUCACCUCGACUGACUGCAUGCAUCUCGUCACAGGUGGGUUGCCCAUUAAAAUGCGCCUUCUGUGCCACCGGCAAGGGAGGUUUCUCGAGGAACCUUAAGAGUCAUGAAAUUGUCGAACAGGUUUUGGCAAUUGAAGAGGUAUUCAAGCGCCGAGUUACUAAUGUGGUGUUUAUGGGAAUGGGUGAGCCAAUGUUGAACUUGAAAGAAGUUCUUGCAGCACAUCGAUGCUUGAACAAGGAAAUUGAAAUUGGGCAAAGGAUGAUAACAAUUUCGACGGUUGGAGUUCCAAACACCAUCAGAAGACUGGCCACUCACAAGCUUCAAUCUACAUUAGCUCUCAGUUUACACGCUCCAAACCAGAAACUUAGGGAAACGAUUGUGCCGAGUGCAAAGUCGUACCCUUUGGACGCAAUCAUGGAGGACUGCAAGCAUUACUUUACUGAAACCGGUAGACGAGUUUCCUUCGAAUACACACUCUUAGCUGGAAUAAACGAUUCUGUAGAUCAUGCAAUAGAACUGGCACAGCUUCUUCAAAAAUGGGGUCAUAGCUAUCACGUAAACCUAAUACCUUUCAACCAUAUAGAAGGGUCCGAGUUCAAGCGUCCCUACAAGAAAACGGUUCUUGCAUUUUCGGCUGCUUUGGAGUCUCGUAAAAUUACUGUGAGCGUACGUCAAACGAGGGGGUUGGAUGCGAAAGCAGCAUGUGGGCAACUGAGGAACGAGUUUCAGAAAACUCCUUUGCUUGAAGCUGUUGCAGAAGAAGUCCAGGAACCUGAACUAGAGAUGACAGCUGUCGCUGCUUGAUUGGCUGAGAGGUGUUUUGCUCGUGGUGUUUGUUAUAACACGAGAAAUCAUUGGUGGCCGGCCAAUAAGAAUGGGAUUCGUUAAGAGAUAUAUUUCGACUUCUUCUGAGCCAAGGUAAAAGUUUGAUCUUAAUGAGCCCCCCCCCCCCCCUCUUUUUAGCAUGCAGAGAAUUCAUUGCUAAUGGAGAAAAGCUUUGAAUAUGAGAAUACGCAUUGAUUUAUGAUGACAUUUUUUUUUUUUUUUUUUAUGUAAAUUAUAAUUAAGAGCAAGUUAUCUGCACUUGUAGUUCAGAGUUUAAAGACUGAUCUGGGACCAGCUUUUUGUAAUUGGUUCUUUAAGUAUUUAUAUUUUAUUAUUAAUGGUUAAGCAAGUUUGUUGGUUAA